CCUACCUUUAAUGCAUCAGUGUUACGCAGCUAUAAGGUUUCGAAAGAGGAAGAACUGCGACAGAUCAUGUGACAUUUUCUGCAUAAAAACCAACCAGGAAAAUACAGUGUAAGGAAGUUCAGCACAGAAACAGCGAUGGAUCCGUCUCAGAAAGGCCUGAUGUUGGGGAGCCUGCUGCUCAUCUCUUUGUGUGUGGGAGCAGUAUUCUCGCUAGACAGCAGGCUGGACAACCACUGGGAGCUCUGGAAGAAGACACAUGACAAGAAGUAUGACAAUGAGGAGGAGAAUAUGCACCGCAGGGAUUUGUGGGAGAAAAACCUGAUGCUUAUUACUAUGCACAACCUGGAGGCUUCAAUGGGGUUUCACACCUAUGACCUAAGCAUGAAUUUGAUGGGAGACCUGAGUCAAGAGGAGAUCCAGCAGUUUUAUACCACACUCACAGUUCCUGCUGACCUCGAGAGGGCGCCAUCUCUCUUUGUAGGGGCUUCGGGCUCUAGUGUACCAGACACUUUGGAUUUGAGACAGAAGGGCUUAGUCACAAGUGUAAAGAUGCAGGGUGCCUGUGGCUCCUGCUGGGCCUUCAGUGCUGCAGGAGCCCUGGAGGGUCAAUUGGCCAAGAAAACAGGAAAGCUACUGGACCUCAGCCCUCAGAAUCUUGUGGACUGUUCUACUAAAUAUGGCAACCAUGGCUGCAAUGGAGGCUUCAUGACUAAAGCUUUCCAAUAUGUAAUUGAUAACCAGGGUAUUGACUCUGAAAGUUCAUAUCCAUAUGCAGGACGGGACCAAUCAUGUCAGUACAACCCUGCAACCCGAGCAGCCAACUGCUCCCAAUAUGACUUUCUGCCCCAGGGUGACGAACAGGCUCUGAAGGAGGGAAUUGCAAAUAUUGGUCCCAUUGCAGUGGGAAUUGAUGCCAGGCGACCCAGAUUUGCUUUCUACAGAAGUGGUGUUUACGAUGACCCAACCUGCACCCAGGACGUAAACCAUGCUGUCUUGGCUGUGGGCUAUGGCACACUGAAUGGACAAGAUUAUUGGCUGUUAAAGAACAGCUGGGGAACUUCUUUUGGCGAUCAGGGCUACAUUCGGAUGGCGCGCAACAAAGACGACCAGUGUGGAAUUGCUCUUUAUGCCUGCUACCCCAUCAUGUAACUUUUAAGAGAAUGGACAAAACUGUGGAUAACUAUUCAUACAUCACUUGAUUUCAUUUAUAUUUUAGUGUAAUCAAAUACUAAGGCUUGAAAACUGCACAUCAUGUGUUUUUUUCUUUUGUUUGUAAACUUAAUUAGGUUUUACAUUUAAAUUUCCAUGUAAAAAGUGGCAUUCUUUCUAGGAAAACUUUUUGUAUUCACCUGGAUGUCAGUAUGAGAUUGAUACUACAAUUAAAAGAUAGAUUACUUGCAUUUUCA